CUGAUUCUAGCGCACAGCACCGAACAUGCGGCUCAUUAACACUACUACCCUUGCUCUUGAACACUUCCUAGGCGGCAGAUUCCCCAAGUAUGCCAUCCUUUCCCACACAUGGGGCACCGAGGAGGUCACCUACCAAGACUGGUCCAACCCAUCUACAGCCUCCAGGCUGAAAGGCUACGAGAAAAUCGUCUCGACCUGCCAGCAGGCGAAGAAGGAUGGCUUCGCCUAUGUGUGGGUCGACACUAACUGCAUUGACAAGUCCUCCUCCGCCGAGCUAGCCGAGGCUAUCAACUCCAUGUUCGAGUGGUACACUUUGGCGGAAGUAUGCUACGCCUACUUGGCCGACGUUGAGACCUUCAAGCCGCUGACCCAUACGCGAGAAAUCCGCCGUAGCCGUUGGUUCCGUCGCGGAUGGACGCUACAGGAGCUGCUUGCUCCCGGAAGGGUGGUCUUUUACGCGGCCGACUGGUCGCCGCUGGGCACCCGGGCGACGCUCGCGCGACACGUCAGUGCGGCGACGGGCAUCGCCAUGCGGUACCUGGCCCCGGAGCGCGGAGAAGUGGCCGACGACCGGAUACACAGCUGGGUGCGCAACCGCUACGCGCUCGUACACGACGCCUCGGUCGCCGAACGGAUGACCUGGCUGGCGCGGCGCGAGACCAGCCGCGUCGAGGACAUGGCCUACUGCGCGCUCGGCAUCUUCGGCAUCCACAUGCCGCUCGUCUACGGCGAGGGGAUCCGCGCCUUCUCGCGCCUACAGGAGGAGAUUCUAAAAGUCUCGGAUGACCACUCGCUCUUCUGCUGGUCAUGGGCCGUCGGCGAGCGGCAAGGUAGCCUGCUCUCGCCGUGUCCGCAGGGCUUCCGCGAGGCGGCGCGGUACGUCCCCCUCCAGGCCGGGACGCGGCCCCUACCGUACACAAUGACGAAUGUCGGACUGUCCAUCCGCCUGCCGCUCAUCCGGUGCUGGUCAUCCUUCAUCGGCGCGCUGAAUGUGCAGAUCGCUGGAGAGAGCCAGCUGGUCGGCAUAUCCAUGUCGGGAAACCUCACCACCGGUCGCUUCAUGCGCCGGCACUACCCCGACGUGCCGAUUCCCAUCUGCCACGGGGUCGAGGAGGUGCACGCGCCGCUGACGGACAUGUUCGUCCCAACGAGGAACACGGGCAGGUGGGAGAUCCCGCCGCCGCUGUCACAGGACACGCACACGCACUGUCGGGCCGGGGUGCUUCUCUCCUUCGGCCCGAGGGAAGACUUCCUAGAGAUUGAGACAGUGCCGCCGGGGCGCUUCUCUACCAGCGAGAGUAUCCUUGCAAUUUGUCCGUUGGACGCGAAGCGCGCGGACCGACCAGACUGGAAUGCCGAGGUCCUGCGCGAAGAUGCGCCCAGCUUCAAAGGGGCCACUAUCGCCGAGCUUACGCUGAAGCGGGGGAAGAGAGAGACAAUCCUGUUCGUGAUGUCUUCGUUCCACGUAGAUUCUCGCGUCUACCCCAUCUUGUACUACUGCCGUCUCACCAGCGCCCUCAAACACGCCCCUCUUCCGCGACUUCUCAGAGACUUCCUGCUAGGAGUCGAACCCUCAUCCGCGAGCCCCUUACCAGAGACCAUGCAUCAUCACCGCGAUAUGAUCAGGCAGGUCAUCGUGGAUCCAGGCUACGCGGACUUUGUGAACAGCAAGGCCGACGAGUCGCCUAUGUCGGUCAGCAUUGCCCCAAACGGCUUCUCAACGACCGCUGCAUCCAUCCUGAAGCACGUCCAUGUCGCCGUCUCUUCGAAGAAGAUUCUUGGCGCUGAGGUUUCUGAAGAGUUAGGCGAUUAGAAUGCGAAGAGUUAACUUAAGAGUUACACAGGCACCGCAGAGAAAAAUAGAAC